UCAAUCAUUGACAAGGUACAGUUUGCAGCAGGCUGUGGGAACGAUGAAGACGUUCUUAAUCCUUUCGGGCUUAUUCGCCUUGGCGAUGGGCACUGCCCUCCCAGCGCACCAUAACCUCAAAAUGAAGAAUGUGGACGCUAGUUUCGUCGAGUACCAAAAGAAGGUCUUGUCACUGUUCGAACAUUCGGAACAACUCGACCUUCACUCGGAAUACUACAAAGUCGGCAAGGAAUACAGCAUUGAAGACCACAUUGACAACUACACAAAUAAAAAAGCUGUCGAAGAAUUCUUGAUGCUAUACAGAACUGGUUUCCUGCCGAAAUACCACAAAUUCUCAAUCUUCUACGAAAGGAUGAGGAAUGAGGCUAUUGCCCUGUUCCACGUCUUCUUCUACGCUAAGGACUUCGAAACCUUCUACAAGACCGCUAGCUGGGCUAAGGUUUACCUUAACGAGGAACAGUUCUUGUACGCCUACUACAUUGCCUUAUUCCAAAGGCCUGACACUAACGGAAUUGUUCUCCCGGCUCCUUAUGAAGUCUACCCACAGUUCUUCUUUAACCAAGAGGCUCUUUUCAACAUGUACCGCACUAAGAUGCAGGGUGGUUUGUUUGACGAAAAGUUCGCUGCCGAGUACGGAGUAGUGAAAGAGAACGACUACUAUGUAUUCUACUCCAACUACUCGAACUCCCUUACUUACCCCAACGAGGAAUACAAAAUGUCCUACUUUACUGAGGAUAUUGGUCUGAACUCAUACUACUUCUACUUCCACUCUUCCUUGCCUUUCUGGUGGCAGUCCGAGAAACUCGGUAUGUACAAGGAACGCGUUGGAGAAAUUUUCGUCUACUACUACCAGAAACUCCUGGCCCGUUACUACUUAGAACGUCUCUCAAACGGUUUGGGUGAAGUUCCCAAGUUCUCCUGGUACUCCCAAUUCAAGACUGGAUACUAUCCUCAGCUGACUGGCAACUACUUACCUUUUGUACAAAGGAGCAAUGACUACGACAUUCAUACCGAAAGGAACUACGAGAACAUCCGCUUCUUGGAUACUUAUGAAAAGACUUUCUUCCAAUUCCUGCAGAAGGGCGAUUUCCAGAACUUCGAAAAGGAAAUCAACGAAAUUGGAAACUACUUCCACAUGAACACUACCAAGGAGUUACACCAGUUCUCAUACGAAAUCAUUGCUCGUCACGUGCUUGGUGGUAGCCCCAAACCCAUUGACAAGUACUCCUUCAUGCCUACCGCUCUUGACUUCUACCAGACAUCUCUGCGCGACCCUGCGUUCUACCAGCUCUACCAAAGAAUCAUCGACUACCUUAUUGACUACAAAGAAUACGUCAAGCCCUACUCUUACAACGAUCUUCACUUUGUUGGUGUUAAGAUUAACGACGUUAAAGUAGACAAACUGGUCACUUACUUCGAUUACUUCGACUUCAACACAACCAACAGCGUGUUCUACAGCCAAGAGGAACUUAAGUCUUACCCAACUAGCUUCGUGAUCCGUCAGCCCCGUCUGAACCACGAACCAUUCACCAUCAACAUUGACCUGAAGUCUGAUGUAGCUUCCGAUGCCGUCUUCAAGAUCUUCAUUGGACCUAAAUACGACAGCAACGGAUACCCAGUUAAGAUUGAAGAAGACUGGAUGAAGUUCUACGAGAUGGACUGGUUCGUCCAGAAACUGGUACCUGGUGAAAACAACAUUCAGCGCAAAUCCAGCGACUUCAUGUUCUUCAAGGAUGACUCAAUCCCCAUCAACGAAAUCUUCCAAUGGUUAGACCAAGGAAAGGUGCCUUUCGACAUGUCUUAUGCUCCUACUAACAUGCCAAGGCGUUUGAUGCUUCCUAAGGGUACCUACGGCGGAUUCCCCUUCCAGAUGUUCGUGUUCGUAUACCCCUACAACGGUGUUACCAAGGAAACCGAAGUCUUCAAGCAUUUCGUGAAUGACAACAAGCCCUUGGGAUAUCCAUUCGACCGCCCAAUUAACGACUACGCCUACUUCAAACAACCCAACAUGUACUUCGAGGAUGUGCAGGUAUACCACAAGGACGCCUACUUCCCAUACGAGCUCAAUGUACCAUCCUACUUCACCCAGAAGAAGAUGUAAGAUUGAUAAUAUUUAUACCUUAAAUGUCGAUGUAAUAGAAUUAUGUAAUAGUUUGUGAAAAUACCAAUACAAGUACAACUAAUAUAAACUUAAUAAAUAUAUAUGUA